AUGGCCGCAGUCGUGGCGGCGGAGUGGCAGCUCCUCUUCAACCGCUACUACCGGAAACUUGAGCUCUAUCAAUUGCAAUGGAAGAAUGUGGACCUCAGUCGCAACAAGGUCGCGUGCGCUCCCUACGGUGGCCCAGUCGCCGUGAUCCGUGACGACGGCAAGAUCGUCCAGCUCUACGCCGAGUCUGCCCUCCGGAAACUUCGUAUUUUCAACUCCGCCGGCGUCCAGAUUUCCGAAACCGUCUGGAAAAACCCGGGUGGCCGGCUAAUUGGCAUGGCCUGGUCCGAUGACUUAACCUUAAUCUGCAUCACCCAAGACGGUACCGUUUACUGCUAUUCUGUCCACGCAGAGCUGAUUAAGACCUUAACCAUCGGUGAAGACCGUUUCAAACACAACAUCGUUGAAUGCCUUUUCUGGGGCAAUGGAGUUGUAUGCAUAAACGAGGCCUUUCAAGUCUUUUGCAUACCAGAUUUUAGGAAUCCGAACCCGGUGAAACUGGCGGAUACCGGCUUGGAGGAAAUGCCAUUGUGUAUGGCUGUAAUUGAGCCGCAGUAUACUAUGUCUGGGAAUGUGGAGGUUUUAUUGGCGGUGGAGGAUCAUGUGAUGGUUGUGGAGGAGGAUGGGGUUCAGCAGAUUGGGGCCGAAUUCGGGCCUUAUCAGAAGAUGGUGGUUUCUGGGAAUGGAAAAUACAUUGCAACUUUCACUCAUGAUGGGACUCUUCUUGUUUUGCCCUCUGAUUUUUCCGACGUUGCAUUCCAGUAUAAGUGUGAGUCACCUCUGCCUCCUGAUCAGUUAGCUUGGUGUGGGAUGGACAGUAUAUUGCUUUGCUGGGAUGAUAUACUUUUGAUGGUUGGUCCUUCUGAUGGAGAAUUGGAACCAGUUCGAUACUUUUAUGAUGAACCAAUAGUACUUAUUCCGGAAUGUGAUGGGGUCAGGAUACUUUCAAAUUCCAGUAUGGAGUUUCUACAACGAGUUCCAGAUUCAACGGUAUCAAUCUUCCAGAUUGGGAGUACGAUGCCUGCUGCUUUGCUGUUUGAUGCCUUGGAUCAUUUUGACCGCCGAAGUGCCAAGGCUGAUGAAAAUUUGAGACUAAUCCGCUCAUCAUUGCCCGAGGCUGUUGAAGCAUGUGUUGAUGCUGCUGGUCAUGAGUUUGAUAUUUCACUUCAACGCACUCUACUUAGAGCUGCAAGCUAUGGCCAAGCCUUUUGCAGCCAAUUUCAACGCAAUCACAUCCGGGACACAUGCCGAAUACUACGGGUGCUAAAUGCUGUACGGCAUGCUGAUGUUGGCAUUCCACUCAGUAUUCAACAGUAUAAGUUACUUACCCCUUCGGUUCUGAUUGGACGUCUACUUAAUGCUCAUCUGCACAUUCAAGCUUUGGAGAUAUCAAGAUACCUGGAGAUGAAUCAAGAAGUUGUCAUCAUGCACUGGGCAUGUUCUAAAAUAACUGUGGCCUCAGCAAUUCCUGACGCUGACCUUCUAGAACUGUUGCUUGACAAGUUGAAAUUAUGCAAAGGUAUUUCAUACGCUGCUGUCGCAGCUCAUGCUGACAAAAGUGGCCGUAGGAAGUUAGCUGCCAUGCUUGUUGAACAUGAACCUCGUUCGUCGAAACAGGUUCCUCUCUUGCUUAGCAUAGGAGAAGAAGUUACCGCUCUUAUGAAGGCAGCCGAAAGUGGUGAUACCGAUCUAGUAUAUCUUGUGUUGUUUCAUGUGAGGCAGAAGGGACCACCUAUGGACUUCCACAGGAUUAUACAGGCCAGAUCAUUGUCACGUGAUCUUUUCAUCACUUACGCAAGGUCCUACAAUCGUGAAUUCUUGCAAAAAUUUCUAGCAUCUACUGGGGAUGUUCAGGAACUUUUCAUAAAAGAUUCUAUUCCUAAACAGGAUGUGGCCUUCCUAUUUCUGAAAGAGUCAUGGGAAAACACAAAGAAUCCAAUGGCUAGUAAAGGAUCUCCCCUUCAUCGUCCUCGUAUAAAGCUCAUUGAAGAAGCACAGAAGCUAUUCUCGGAGACAAAGGAGCAUGUAUUUGAGUCAAAAGCUGCAGAAGAACAGGCAAAAUUGUUGAGAAUCCAGCAAGACCUCGAGGCAACAAUGAAACAGCCUAUUUUUGUUGAUUCAAGUGUCAUUGAUACAAUUCGUACAUGUAUUGUUCUGGGAAAUCAUCGUGCUGCACUGAAAGUUAAGACAGAAUUUAAGGUUUCGGAGAAGCAGUGGUAUUGGCUCAAGGCCUUUGCAUUGGCGACUAUCAGGGAUUGGGAUGCUCUUGAAAAAUUCUCUAAAGAGAAAAGACCACCUAUUGGUUAUCGGCCAUUUGUUGAGGCGUGUAUUGAUGCUGAUGAGAAGGCUGAAGCUGUGAAAUACAUACCAAAGCUGUCUGAUCCGGAGGAGAGAGCUAAGGCGUACGCUCGAAUCGGAAUGGCGAAGGAAGCCGCAGAUGCUGCCUCUCAGUCCAAAGAUAAUGAAUUCCUAGGCAGAUUGAGAUCGAGUAUCUCACAGAAUGCUGCAGCUUCAUCUAUAUUUGAUACCUUUCGAGACCGGUUAUCUUUUCAGGGCAUCUCUUAG